UUGAAAUGAAAACAAACCCCGCUGGCCUUUUGCCUGUUUUAUUAGCCGAAUAAUAGAUAAAUAAAUGUUUUUUUUUAAGGUAAAUGACACUGCGAUGGAUUCGUGAAUGAACUGCGAUGAGACGGAAAGCUAAAGAGUAAAUUCAUCAAACCUGGGCUGAUCGUAACAGCUGUGGACAUGCAGGCAUGGCCUUUUAAUGUGAGACACAGCGCACCAUCAUGGAUGACUCGGACCAGGAUUUUGUAGAUCUGUGCUCGAAGCUGCUAAAACGAGUCCGCAAGAAACCGGGUGAGUCCAGACAGCCGAGGAGAGCAGAGCGUCAGGCCUCCAGUCAGGCGAGCGAUGGAGACAAGAGGGUGAGAAAUAACAAGAGAGAUGGUGACUGUGGGUCCCAGCCUGUUUGUACUGGUGCAGAGGAGCUUGUGCUCUGUGGGAAAACUGGACAUGAGUCAGGAGAUGCUGAGUCGUCAGUUGUGGCAUCAUCAUCAUCAUCAGCAUCAUCAUCAUCAUCAUCAUCAGCAGCAGCAGCAGCAGCAGCAGGACAGAGAGCUGAGAGAGGUUUGUCGGCAAAAGACAAAGUACUCCACCGGAUGCAACAGUUCAGGAGAGCCAGCCCACAGAAGAUGAUGCACAAGGACAAAAGCCAGCCAGCAAACCAGGAGAUCGAUCCUCCUCCCCCUCUGACAAAAAGACAAGAUACUCCAGACUCUUUCGGCUCAGAUCUCCACACGGAGCCCCAGAACAGCGAUGAGGCUCUGGCCCUAUGUCUGCAGCAGGAGCUGGACAGGGAGGCGGCAGGGGCCCAGUCAGUGGAGCUGGAGGACGGAGGGCUCUUCCUCUGUCAGAUCUGCCACAGAGAUCUCUCACACAUGACACCUAAUGGGCGAACACAGCAUCUCAACAGGUGUUUGGAUGAGAGCGAAGAGAGCGCCCCAGUCCCCCCUCCACCGCCUCCUGGUGUUCCCGACUGUCCCAUCUGUGGCAAGAAGUUCAAGUCUCAGAAGAGUCGCUCGGCCCACCUGAAGCGCUGCUCCUCAGAAAUGGGUGUUGCUCCGGCUGUGCUGCUGCAGGCUCUGCAGAGACAGACUGAGGAGACCCAGAAUGUCCCCGCUGCUACCACAGUCUCACAGACUGGUGGCACUAAAAGAAAAGGCCCAUCCAAACCGGGCCUCCCUGCAAAGAAGAAGCCCAGGAAGAAGACCCCACCCCUGGACGAGGACACCAUGGUGGCCCUGGCUCUGUCCUCCUCUCUGCUGGAACAGGAACAGCAGAGCGAGGGGGAGAGGCAGUUACAAACUGCGGCCGCUCACACGUCCAUGACACCAGCGUUGACGUGGAGGCCAGACGCAGGUAAGGGGCGUGGAAAGAGAAAAAAGGGCACCAUUCCUCGCCCUCCUCCGCUCCUCCUCGUUCAGGAUGCCGAAGUGGCUUUGGCGAGGCUGCAGGAACGUGUUUCUGCUCUCCUCCUACGCAGCCCGGCCCCCUCGCCCCCCACCCCGACCCGCGGCCCCAGUAGUCUGCCGGGCUGGAGCGGUGCUGCCCCCCUCUGGCAGAAGAGCAGGCUGCUGGACGGAAGCUCCACCUGUCUGUCUGAUUUCUACACCCCGGAGCUUAGAGAGUUCAUCACACCCUGGGAGGCAGCGACGACUGAUGCAGCCACCUCCAGCACCGUCAGCAAGCCUGAGUCUUCUGUCCAACCUGCGAGUGAGGGAACUCCUGUCUCAGGGACACCUGUUUCAGGGACCAGGGCCUCCAUCCUGCCAUCCUCCUCUCAGACGGCCUCCUCUACCCCGGGGACAGGCCGGGCACUCCUGAUGGACCUGAUGGAGCUGGCUGAGGAUGGCGUGACCCUCACCCAGUAUGCUCACAGUACUUCAGGCCCAGACAAAGACAAGAGCGCUAGUCAGAACACAAACCUUUGUCUGAGCGGCUUCGUCCCCGAGGAGUCGGAGGAGCAGGCUGACCUCUGUGUGAGCGGCUUCCUACCAGAAACAACCCACACACAUGCAGAGGACGCUGGCAGCCGAGCGAGGAGGACGACUCAUCAGCCAGGCGCAGAUAAAGAUCGAGGCAGCCACCAAUUAGUGGCGCUGUCCAGGCUGGCAUCAGACCUGAGCACCAUGGUGAACAACCCUCAGCUCAGUGACCUGCAGCUCCAGGUGGACACUGGAGAAGUCUACUUUGCUCACUCCUUCAUGGUGUACGCUCGAUGCCCCCUGCUGGCAGAAAUGGUUCAUGAAAGUGGUUUCGGGGUGCAGGAGGAGGGCAUGCCUGCAGCUCAGAGGGUGCUGAUGAAUGACGUUCCCGGUCAGGCGGUGUUUGCUUUGCUGCAGUAUCUCUACACAGCCCGCUGCUCCAUCCCAGCAUCACUUCAGCCUCAUGUGCUGGAGCUUGCAUCCAGGUUUGACCUGCAGGAGCUACGGCAGCUUUGCGAGCUCCAUCGAGAGGAUGCAGCGGCACGCGGAGAUGAGGAAGACGACAUGAACCAGGAGGAAAAUGUCAACAACCAGACAGACCAGGCCCUCACGGUGCUGCUCCGCUCCAUGUGGGGGGAGGAGGAGGAUGAUGAUGAAGUGGGAAUGGAUACAGAUGGAGGAAGGGUCGAAGAGAGAGAAUUGGAAGGAGAUGAUCAAGCCGACGACCUCGUGUCAGGCGACGGAGAGAUACGUGAGGAGAAGGUGAAUGAGGAAGAGUUGGAAGAGAUCUACGAGUUUGCCGCCACGCAGAGAAAGAGGGAGGAGGAGAAAUACAGCAUGGAGGAGGAGGAGGAGAGGGAGAAGGUAGAUGUGGAGGAAGAGGGAGAAAAAUUCACCAAAAGAAACUCAACAUGCUUCGGUGUAAAGUCCCUGCAGCCAAACUCUCAACUGGACCGCAGUUACAGCCGCCUCUUCUCUGACUCCUGGGGAGUCUACGAGGAAGAGGAGCCUUCGUCCUCACCCUCCACUUCUGGCCCAGCUAAGGUACACACCCCUAAACCCCAACAACACCAGUCCCCCCAUAAACCCUCAUCUGAACUGUCCGGCAGAACUUUGCUUCAGUCCUCAGAGAGCGUAGUUGAUGACCUUUCUCUCAGCCAUACACCCAGUGCAUCCAACCUGCCGAUCCCGGGUCAGUCCCCCGGUCACGCGGGUGACUGGGGUGACGCUGGAGGCAAGGAAACAGAUGUUUCAAAGCAAGAAGGUCCUCAAAGUAUUUGUGUCCCUCUGUCUCCUGAUUUAUCUCAGGAAAAAAAGGAACCUGAGCUCAUAGUUUUGUCAGAUUCAAGUGAGGGGACGGAGGUAAUUCUUAGUUCCCGCAGUCCUUCGCCAAGUUCUCCAUUUGCCGUCCAGAAGCCGCAGAGCUACACCAAAAUCAAACCUCAGACAAUCCUGAAACCUGAUGAACCCACCUUGGAGGAAAAACAGUUCAGUAGUGUAGAGCUUACUCCUGAUGAUCCGUCUGCAGCGCCGGUUCAAAGUCGUCUCGGUCCGUGGUGUGACCAGGAUCCAGUAGACUGUUCCCCAGAAGUUUCUUGGCUGAUCCCCUCCACACCGGUCCAGCCCGGAAGAAGCACCACGACAAGCUCCUCUCAGACUAAAAGCAGCAUGUGCAGGACACAGCUGUUCCCUAAAGGUGACGCCUCCUCCUCCUCUGUUUUCUCCUCUCCUUCUUUACCUUUUAACAACAGACUGAAGACCUCCACCAGUCCAACCAGAGUCUCUGCCCACUCUGGCUCAACACAGGACAGUGUUCCUAAAUUAAAACUGGACGAGACCCGUGGCUCCAGCUCGGAUCUCAACUUUAACUCCAAAAGUACAAGUAGUUGUGAUGUGAGUAAAGACGGAGGAGUGUUUGCAGUUCAUCCUAAACUCUCAACCUCGACUACCUCAAGACAGGAUAUACCUCUGAACGGCCAGCCGCAGCCUUACAGCAGCACUCCCCUCCACACAGACGUCCACAAGGCCCCCGUUCUUCUUGCCACCACGCCGCUCCCCACUAGCCCUGAUAAGCAGAGGACGACGAGUCGAGGAAGGGACAGGGUGCGGUCUGAAAGCCUGGAGAAGACAGAGUUAGGGAGCUUUCAUCUCUCUCCACUGUCUGACCCUUCAGAUCCACCCUCGUCUUCCCCUCACAGGGGUCUUCAACGUUCACAGCGGCACAGCGAGUCCUCCAGUGAAAGGCGACGCUCCGUUGAGUCCAGCAGUCACAACAGCACAGAGCUCAAGAGGAGGGGAUUAAGAAAUGAGGAAGGAGAAGGAGAGAGGGAGCAGGAAGAAGCUGGAGAGGCAGAAGUCGCUGAAUCCAGUUUCCAGCAGAGCUUCUUGGCCAUGGACGAGCCUCCCAUAGCUUUCAACGACUCAUGGGGUUUCGAUGCCUGUGCAGACUUCGAGGCAAACCCAGGCUGCUUCAGUCUGAGGCUGGAGGACAGCGGACCAUCCAGCCAGCAAGGCAAGCGCAGCCUGGUUCAAGAGACAGCCUCUUCUAACCUUUGUCCAACUUCACCACCCGGUCACAGCGUCCAUCUGUUGAACAGCCACGGCGGUGCGACCGCCUCCUCUCCGUCCAGAGUCUACAGCACACGGCCGUCAACCAGCGUACAGGCUCAUUCAGGACUCUCCGUCACUCCCUCACGACCUGGGCCUCCCACCCGGACCCCACCAGAGAUCAGCAGCCGCCUCCUGGACUCCAAUAUAUGGGACAGCUGGGAGGAGGAAGAGGAGGUGGCUCUUCCUCUCUCACAGCGGGUUAACCCUUCAGCACAGCUCAAAACCCCAGGUAAGUCUCUCACUGCACACGUGAUUUUCUUUAACAUACUAAAAGAAUGA